AUGCGAUAUCGCCAUCAUGUCCUUUGGUCAGCUCUUAGCCUGACGGGCAGAUGGCCGUUGCGCAUAUGGCCCGUACAAGCCAUACAACGGUGUGUGAGGCACCAAGCGUUUGAUGUUUCCUUUGACCAGGACCAGCUGGCCGAGGCAAGGAAAUGGCAUCAGUCGUUCAAAGUGAGCAGUUUGCCUGAAGGAAAUACGUCCUUCUCACGGUCUGGUGGACCUGGAGGACAGCACGUUAACAAAACAGAAACCAAAGCAACAACCACCUGGGCAGUCCCCCAACUCUUGGGCAUUUUGCCGAAGCUUCUGCACGCGGGUGUCCGAGAGUCAAAGUACUAUUCAAGGCGAAAUGACUGCCUCACUAUCCAGGCACAGACCCAGAGGAGCCGCAGUGCAAACGCUCAUGAGAACCGCCAAAAGCUCUUUGACGAGCUCGAGGGCUUAUACCGGAGGACAGUGCCCGGUGAAACCAAGCCAGAGAAAGCCAAGAAAUAUGAAGCACUACGGAAGAGUGCAAACGAGGCGAGGGUCAAGUUGAAGAAGCAGCAGAGUUCAAAGAAGUCGUUCCGCAGAGGCUCUGAUGACUAG